AGGGAAGAGAGAAGAAGUGUGCACGCCGCUGCAUCCUGUGACUCAGGUCGGAUCGCCAAGCAUGAACUUACACUUAAUCAUGGAAGAGCGUGACACCGGCACCACCCGGAAAUAUCUCAUUUAUUGAGAGUGACAACUUGGCGUCCCAAGCCUGAUCCACGGGGGAUCUGUGACCUGUCAUCACUUCUCCCAGAGUGUGUGCAUCUGAACACAACACAGAGGCCGCCACCCCCACUGCUCCUCAGCAUCCGCACAAGUGUUACUACUAGAUCAAGUGAUGGGGUCACUUGUUGUUCUGUCGACCCUUCUCCUCAUUUUGGGCUGGACAGCUCACGUGUGGACUCUUAACCCUGAUGACCCCAAUGUCUGCAGCCACUGGGAAAGCUAUGCUGUCACCGUCCAGGAGUCUUAUGCUCACCCUUUUGACCAGAUUUACUACACCAGGUGCACAGACAUCCUGAACUGGUUCAAGUGCACAAAGCACAGGAUCAGCUAUAAGACAGCUUACCGGCGGGGAGUGAGGACCAUGUAUAGGCGCCGCUCACAGUGUUGCCCUGGUUAUUUUGAGAGUGGAGACUUGUGUGUUCCUCUGUGCACCGAAGAGUGCGUUCACGGCCGCUGCGUGUCUCCUGAUACCUGCCAGUGUGAGCCAGGAUGGGGCGGACUGGACUGCUCCAGUGCCAAUGGAACACGUUGCGAGAGUGACUUCUGGGGACCUCAUUGCAGCAAUCGCUGUCAGUGUCAAAAUGGGGCAAAGUGCAAUCCCAUCACAGGGGCAUGUGUUUGCACCGAUGGCUACCAAGGGUGGCGCUGUGAGGAGCUCUGUGAGCCGGGUUACUACGGUAAGGCUUGCCAACUGCCAUGCCAGUGUCUCAAUGGAGCCAGCUGCGACCACGAAACUGGAGAGUGCAUCUGCGCACCGGGCUACACGGGCGCUUUCUGUGGAGAACGCUGCCCCUAUGGCAGUCACGGGCUGCAGUGUGAGCAAGGCUGCCCCUGUCAGAACGGAGGCACGUGCCACCACAUCACUGGGGACUGUUUCUGCCGUGCAGGGUGGACGGGUUCCGUUUGUGGCCAGCCGUGCCCAGUUGGCAAGUAUGGCAUCAACUGUAGUAAAGACUGUUCUUGUCGCAAUGGCGGCCUGUGUGACCACAUCACAGGGCAGUGCCAGUGUGCUGCCGGGUUCAGCGGUCGCAGGUGUCAGGAUGACUGUCCGGUGGGCACCUACGGCCCUCAGUGUAACCAAAAGUGCGAGUGCCACAAUGGAGCCAAGUGCCACCACAUCAACGGAGCCUGUCUGUGCGAAACUGGUUUUAAAGGACCCAAUUGCCAGGACAGAUUCUGUCCCCCGGGCCUUUAUGGCCUUAUCUGUGACAAGUACUGCCCCUGUAAUGCCACCAACACUGUGAGCUGCCACCCUCUUUCUGGGGAAUGCACCUGCACUGCGGGAUGGACCGGGAUUUACUGUAAUGAGACCUGCCCGCCAGGCUACUAUGGCGAAGGCUGCAUGUUGCCGUGUAGCUGCACCAAUGGAGCUGACUGCCACCCAAUCGCUGGUACCUGCAUGUGUGCGCCAGGCUUUAUGGGUGAAGACUGUGCCACCGAAUGUCCUCUUGGUUUGUUUGGAUCAAGCUGCACGUCCACCUGCUCGUGCCAUAACCACGCUUCCUGCUCACCUGUCGACGGAUCCUGCCUGUGCAGGGAAGGCUGGCAGGGGGUGGACUGCUCCAUCCUGUGCUCCAGUGGUCUUUGGGGUCUCGGCUGUAAUCAGUCUUGCUUGUGCGCCAACGGUGCUGCUUGUGACCCGGUUGAUGGCACCUGUACAUGUUCUCCGGGCUGGAAGGGCAAGCACUGCAGUGAGCCCUGCCCUGAUGGCACUUUUGGGCUGGAGUGCAGGGAGCGCUGUGAUUGCAGUCAUGCGGACAGUUGCGACCCAGUAAGUGGUUACUGCCACUGCCAUCCAGGCUGGACAGGAAUCCACUGUGACAACGUGUGCACACAAGGCUACUGGGGCAACAACUGUUCACUCAGCUGCCCGUGUCAGAAUGGAGGCUCCUGCUCUCCGGAGGAUGGAACAUGUGUGUGCGCACCUGGAUUCAGAGGGACUUCCUGCAAAAGAACAUGCUCUCCGGGGUUCUACGGGCACCGUUGCAGCCAAUCAUGCCCGCGAUGUGUUCACAGCACGGGGCCGUGCCAUCACGUAACUGGCCACUGCGAAUGUCUGUCCGGCUACUCGGGCCCUUUGUGCAGCCAAGUUUGUCCCAGCGGCAGGUAUGGAAGGGCCUGUGCCGAAAUUUGCCGCUGCACCAACAAUGGCACCUGUAACCCCAUUGAUGGAUCCUGCCAGUGCUUCCCUGGAUGGAUCGGGCACGAUUGCUCUCAGGCCUGUCCCUCCGACCGUUGGGGCCCAGAUUGUCUCAAUUCCUGUAACUGUCACAAUGGAGCUCAAUGCAGUGCCUACGAUGGAGAAUGUAGAUGCGGACCUGGCUGGACGGGUCUCUACUGCACGCAGCGCUGUCCCUCCGGCUUCUAUGGCAGAGAUUGUUCCGAAGUGUGCCGCUGCCAGAACGGCGCAGAGUGCGACCACAUCACGGGCCUGUGUGCAUGUCGAACCGGCUUCAUCGGGACGAGUUGCGAACAGAAGUGUCAUUCCGGUACAUUCGGAUAUGGCUGUCAGGAGCUGUGUGAAUGUCUGAACAAUGCUACCUGUGACUAUGUGACCGGGACAUGCUACUGCAGCCUGGGAUAUAAAGGAAUCCGUUGUGAUCAAGCAUCUCUCAUGAUGGAGGAGCUGAACCCCUACACCAAGAUUAGCCCGGCCCGCGGCUCGGAGCGGCAGUCGGCAGGCGCCGUCAUGGGCAUCAUCUUCCUCCUCCUCAUCAUCAUGGCCAUGCUCAGCCUGUUUGUGUGGUACAGACAGAGGCAGCGAGAGAAAGGACACGAGAUCCAGCCGAGUGUGUCGUACUCGCAGGCCAUGCAGAUGACCAACACGGACUAUUCACUCUCUGAGUGUGGCAGUACCUUGGCCAUAAAGACCAGCGCAGCUGAGGUCAAUCACAAUCCGAGUAGCAGCAGCAGCAGCAGCAGCAGCAGCAGCAGCGGUGGCGGCGGCCAGUGCUUCUCCAACCCCAGCUACCACACCGUGGCCCAGUGCAACGUCGUAUCAACCAUCUCCAGCAACCUGGAUGCCACGCUGACCCUCAAAUCGAGCACUCUGAAAAACCGAAACGGAUCCGACUGGAGAGCCUACUGCAACCUCAACGAUCUCGCAGAUGUUCAACAGGGGGAGAUGCAGGCUCCAAGAGGCUCCCGAAAAGAUUACAUCAAGAGCUCGAUGUGCAACACCAGCUCCUGCUCCCUGAGCACCGAGAACCCUUACGCCACAAUCAGGGACCCGCCGGGGCUGGCGUGCAAGCACACGGAGAGUAGCUACGUGGAAAUGAAAUCCCCCUCCCACCGCGAAGUGCCCUUCGGGGGCACCGCCACGCUCCUGGGCGGCACCAGAGGAAACAUCUAUGAUGUCGCCAUCGCAGAGCCCACGGUGAGUGUUUUGCAAGGGCCCAACGGGAUGGCCACCGGUUUCUCCCAGAACCCAUAUGACCUCCCUCGCGGCAGCCACAUCCCGACCCACUAUGACAUUCUGCCUAUGCGCCACAGCCCCACGCACAAUCCCUCGCCACCACACCCCGAGAGCCCCAGCUCCCUCCUCUAGGGAACCCAAGCCGGCACGCUGGAAACAGUCCGUCAAUUUUCAUACGGCCCCCCGUUUGUCUUCAUGUGGUCAACAAGGACGUGACAGCCACAGCUCUUUUGGACCCGGAAAGGAAAAAGUAAAGGACGAGAGCCCACACACCAGCAAUCGUUCAGCAAUUUUAUUUUCCCAGAUCUCCCAGACUGCUUCCUGGAGCUUUAUGGAUGCUCUGGAGCGGAAGGUGGCUCUACCGGAGGGAGCUAAGGCUGCCACGCUUGGAUUGAAUGGAUAAGUCAUUUACCGGGAAAGAGACAUUCUUCACUUUAGUUUAUAGAAGGACAAAAUGGGGUUGACGUGAGUAACGGUUGUGCCUGCCCCAGUUCAGAGUGUACAGCAGUUAGGAUUUAUGAUGUACAGCAGCAGGGGUGGGAAAGCUUUCGUGCUCAAGGGCCACAGUUGAUUUAAAAACAGCCAGAACUGUUUUUAAAAAAAAAACUAUUUCAAAGGAGGGCGACCCGGUAGUCCAGUGGUUAGCACGUCGGCUUCACAGUGCAGAGGUACCGGGUUCGAUUCCAGCUCCGGCCUCCCUGUGUGGAGUUUGCAUGUUCUCCCCUGCGUGGGUUUUCUCCGGGUGCUCCGGUUUCCUCCCACAUUCCAAAAACAUGCGUGGCUGAUUGAACACUCUAAAUUGUCCCUAGGUGUGAGUGUGAGCGUGGGUGGUUGUUCGUCUCUGUGUGCCCUUUGAUUGGCUUCCGAUUCAGGGUGUCCCCCGCCUACUGCCCGGAGACGGCUGGGAUAGGCUCCAGCACCCCCCGCGACCCUAGUGAGGAUCAAGCGGUUCGGAAGAUGAAUGAAUGAAUGAAUGAAUGAAUGAAUGAAUAUUUCAAAGGAGGGGUUUCCAAUUUUCAAAAAGACCAUACUUUUUUUUAUAUUUAUCAAAACAGUCAAUAUAACUUGUGAAUGUGAACUUACCAAUGAUUUGUCACCCUGCCGCCUCAAGCUGACCUGCUACCUGCGAUGAGUUUGCCGCAAGUGUUUGACAAAUGAUUGACACCUUGUAAAUCAAACCUUAUGUCUCUUUCUUUUUUUUUUCCCUCGGGCGGGUUGGUUUCGUGUUUAUCAAAUUGGAGGCUGAUUUUUUUUCACAUGUCAUAUUCAUCAUGUAAAGCUGUCAAGCUAUAUUGACUGUUUCAACAAAUACGACAAAGUGAUUUUGGCAUUUAAAUUCCAACUCCCCUUGAAGGUUUAUGUAAAAUAUGUAAAAUAGUACUUGUGACCCUGAUGAGGACAAGCAGUAUAGAAAAUGGAUGGUUGGGUUGAUUUAAAUUAUAAAAGCACUAGCUAACUUAUACAGUUUUUUGUAUUAUAUUAUUUUAAUUAAUCAGUUAUCUUAAAAAAGGGGGAAAAGACUGCUAAUAUUUGAUUAUUUUGUCAUUUAGAAUGAAUCUAAUCUUAAUAAGAUCAAAAUAAUUAUAUUGUUGCCCAGAAUAUUACAGGACUCUUGAUAAAAGAAAUUCUUUGUGAGCCCAAAUAAAAGAAUGCAGUUGGCCAUAAAUAGCCCGCAGGCAAUAUUUUGCGCACCACUGACGUACAGGCACCACAUGUCAGACCUAGAUGAGAUCAUGAGAUCAAGUGCAGUGUAAAAGACGAGCUAAUUGAUUUUUUAAAAAAGGAGGAAAAAAAGCAUGGAUACAAAAUAACGCCAGUCACAGUCACUCUUUUUCUUCGCCGUGUGCCGGUAAUGAACACUCGAACGACGAGAUGUCGGUUCAAAGUGAAGAGCCUCAUUUGUGUUGCAGUGUAAAUGAAGUUGUGCUAUUCAGGUCAGCAGAAUUUAUGCGUAGACUGCAUCAAAAAAAUAUGUCUCAACUUUUGGAUUUGCUGCUUAUUAAUGAAAUUUUUUUCUAUGGACCAGAACUUUUCUUGCAAAUGUCUAUAUGGGGGGUGGGGGAGGCUGACCUUUAUGUUUGGUAUAUUUAUCCAACUAAUUUCUUGAUUUGUUCAUUUCUUUUAUUAGUGAUGGUGAGUUUAAUCAGUGUGACACUAGAAUUGCUUUUUCAAAAAAGAUGAGCAUGAACACAUAAUGGGUACCCGCCGAUGUACAUAAACACCGACAUGUCAAAUUUAUCUUCUUGUGAGAUGUAAUUUUGUGAAGCGUUUUAAAAUGAAGUCCUCUCUCUCAUUCUCUCAGUCUGUGAAGUUUGUAAAUUCUAUUUUAGAUUCUACCAGAGAAGAAAAGUUUUAUCUGACCAAUUUAACACCCACAGGUAUCAUGUGCCAUUACAUGUGUGGGGGGGAGAAAAAAGAGAAAUCAUCUGUUUGCAUUAAACAAAUGCCAUUUGUUAUAAAUUACGAUGAA